GUUGAGAAGUGGCAGUUAAGAACAGACGACAGAAUAGAUCUAUGUUAAAAUGACAAUUUACUGAAUUCAAACUUUUAUUGGUCUUUACUGCAAUGUUAUUCUGUGAUAGAGAAAUAAUCUUAAACUUCAAUUAACCAUUAUAAACAAAAGUCAAAAUUCAAUUGGUCAAUAUAAUACUCAAAAUCAAUUGGUUCAGUGUCUCAAUUAAAAUGUUAACUAGAUAAUAAGCACCCGAUUCUUCAACGUUUAUUUUUGUUAUUGUUACCGUUGUUACCAUUGUGUUUUAUAAACACAAGGAUUGUAUAAUCAAAUGUUUAUCAAGAAGAAAUCAUCGUUCAGAAUCUACUAUGCAAUUCUGAAAGCAAUCGGAUUAACACUUUGUAUAAUUUUCAUAUUACAUAUAUAUUUCAUGCGUACAACUGUCAAAUAUGUUACCCUACGAAAUCACUCUGAAGAAGCAGUUAUUAUACCCAAUAUGGCACAUAUUAACUGCAAACGCACAUGUCGUACUAUUUGUAAGAAUAUUGACAGUAUUCCAUCGAGUAAGGUGAGUGCAUUGAAACCAAUUGGGAAAAUGCCAUUCAAUGGUGAAUUCAAUGAAGAGGUGAACCCAAUCAACGACACAUUUUAUUCACAUGAUCUUGGUGGCGGUUGGAUGUUUAAGGAGGUGACGACGAAUUGCAACAAUGUUCCACAAUCCGGUGUAGCAAUCAUCAUUGUUUGUAGAGAUAGAUGGAAACAACUGAAUAAUACAUUGUCCGCUCUGAUUCCAGUUCUCCAGAGACAACAUUUGUGUUAUCGAAUAUUUAUUAUUGAACAACAGGGUACUGGUAUUUUGAACAAAGCUCAGUUGAUGAACAUUGGUUUUAUUGAAGCACAUAAACGUUUCGAUUUCGACUGUGUUAUAUUUCAUGAUGCCGACUUAAUACCAUUGGAUGAUAGAAUACCACAUGGUUGUGAUGAAGAGAUGAUGGAGAGUGUGAUUCAUUUGAGUGUUGGAGUGAGUUCAUGGAAUUAUGUUUUACCUUACCAAUCAUUGAUCGGUGGUGUUUUGAAAAUAUCGACUUCACACUUUAUACAGGUUAAUGGUUAUUCGAAUAGUUAUUGGGGUUGGGGUGGAGAGGACGAUGAUUUGGAGAGGCGACUGAAAGCAUCAGAAAUUAUGUAUAAACACAUUGAAAAGUCAAUAGGCAGAUAUCUGGCUCAACCUCACACUAAACAGGUUCGAGCGAAUAGACGUUUAGUACUUGAUUCAUUAAAAAAUGCUGCCAGUCGUAUGUUCACUGAUGGGUUGAAUUCUGUAAAAUAUAAAGUUUCAGCCUAUUUUGAGAAGCAACACUACACACAUUUUUUAAUUACAUUAAAAUAAGUUUUUUUAAAGAUUCAAUUGCCUGUUUUUCUUACCCUUAAAUAUUGUAUAACCUAGUUCUUUACACUGUGAGACAAAACUAUUUUUAUAUUGAAUGAUACUUUCAUUUAAGUAUAGAAGUAAUCAAGAAAGAAAACACUGAUGUAGUCUCAAGUUCAACAUUGUUAUAUACACAGUCAAAUCUGUAUAAUAUUCACAAAUGCACAGAAAAUUACAUCCAUAUGUAGAUAACUUAGUAUCAUUGAUGGAUCGAAUAAAAGAAUUUCUAUUUGCUAUUCAUCAUAGCGAUUUGUACAUCAUUUACUUCUGUUGUCUAUGUGUUUAGUUUUCGGUAUGUACUUUCUAACAAUAUUUCAAUUAAUUACUUAACCAUCUUUUGAAACAUUUAAUUAUAUAUCUAUACCCUAGUUACUUAACAAUCGUGCAAUAAGAAUAUAUGUAAUGAUAACUCAUAUAUAAUUCCCAGUAGUCACCAUUCAUUUAUUCUUCGUUUGCAUGUAACAUAUGUUCAGCAUGAUAUGCAACAUGUGGUGUCUUAUGAUUCUGAAUAGUUUCCAUACAUGUGACUUUUCCCUAAGUACUAAUCAGAUGGGUGUACAAAUCAUUAUAUAAAUGAGUGUAUUUUCGACUAGAGUUAUCGUAGUGUUUUUGGGGUGAAUAAAUCUCCACUUGUAUCAGUGUUGUGUGUUGUUAUUUGGUGUCGUAGAAAUUGCAUUGGUUCUUCAUUUUUGCCGUAUAAGUAAUAGGCGAUGCAGAAAUAACGUAUACCAAUCUACACUUGAUAAACAAGUUACAUCAAGUCGUUUGCUUGCAUAUGACAGUGCGUUAGUAUUUGCAGUGUAGGCAUACUCAAGUAAAUAAAUUAAUAACUUGUAGUCAUUAUCAUUGCUUCUCUAUGAAUCCGAUUGACAAGCUAAGGAUAAAUUAAGUAUAAGACUUUUUCAUCAAUAAAUUAUUAUCUUUUACUGUUCCACACUACUAAUACAAUGAUACGGGUAUUAAUACAAUACUCUCAUACUACUAUAAAUUUAAUUGAUCCAGUUACAUGCAAUAAAUAUUAUUCUAUUGCAUCCUGAAUAAUAAUAAUAAUAAUAAUAA